AUGAGCGACAUUCCCCUCGCCGCUAUCAAGGCCGCCGCCGAGGCCACGGACCUUUCCGUUGGCCAGGACCUGGGCCACCUCCUGCCUCCCUCGUGGACGACUGUCGUGCCGACUUGGUUUGCUGAAGACACCCCCAGCUACGACUGGGCGGGCUUCGUCGUCGGCGAGGACGAGCAGGAGGCCAUUCUGUGGGGCAAGAGCGGAGGUGUCCUCGCCGGUGUUCCCUUCUUCGACGAGGUGUUCAAAUACGUUGGCUGCACUGUCGAGUGGCUUCUCCCCGAAGGCAGCGUGAUCCCCUCGGGAUCCAAGACCAAGGUCGCCGUUGUGCGCGGCAAGGCCCGCCAUCUCCUCCUCGGCGAGCGCGUCGGUCUCAACAUGCUCGCCCGCUGCUCGGGUAUCGCCACUGCCUCGCGCAAGUUCCGUGACCUCGCCCGCCAGGAGGGCUGGAAGGGUGUUGUUGCCGGCACGCGCAAGACCACUCCCGGCUUCCGCAUUGUGGAAAAGUACGGCAUGAUGGUCGGCGGCGUCGACCCCCACCGCCACGACCUGAGCUCCAUGGUGAUGCUCAAGGACAACCACAUCUGGGCCACUGGCUCCAUCACCAACGCCGUCAAGGCGGUGCGCCGCGUCGCGGGCUUUUCGUUGCUCGUCAACGUCGAGUGCCAGUCGUUUGACGAGGCCGACGAGGCCAUCGCUGCCGGCGCCAACAUUGUCAUGCUGGACAACCUGGAGGGCAACGACCUCCACGCCGCCGCCAAGCAGCUCAAGGACAAGUGGCGCGGCAAGCGCGAGUUCCUCGUCGAGACCUCGGGCGGUAUCGUCGAGGGAUCGCUCACGUCGCGUGUUGGCCCCGAUAUCGACAUUCUCUCCACCUCGGCGGUGCACCAGGGCACUGGCUACGUCGACUUUAGCCUCAAGAUCCAGCCCAAGAAGAAGUAA